UUCUAAAGAACCACGUAUAACAUUUUGUGACUUUAAAAAGCCAAUUCACGGUAAAAUUCUGUAUUUAUUCAUAGAGGGAAGAUUUAGUUAUCAUCCCUAAAUUUCUUGUUUUAAUUUGUCGAGUCCAAAUCUCAUUGUUGGGGUCAGUUGUCUUGUUGCCGAGUUUCACGUUAGCGUUUGGGGAUGAUGCCAGUCACAUUAUUCAAUGCGGUCCUCAGACCCACACUUAUCAAUGUCAUGAAAAGUUCAACUGUCAAAUUUUCUCCAACAGCUGUUUCCUGCAUUAUCCCCAUUAGCCACUUCCAUAUAUCUUCUGUCCGAAAAGAUAUUGAUCAAGCAGCCAAAUAUAUUGGUGCUGGUGCGGCUACUGUUGGAUGUGCUGGAUCUGGCGCUGGUAUUGGAUCUGUAUUUGGAAGUUUGACUUUGGCAUACGCUAGAAAUCCUGGUCUAAAACAACAACUAUUUACCUACGCUAUCCUUGGUUUCGCUCUGAGUGAAGCAAUGGGUCUGUUUUGCCUGGUGAUGGCUUUCCUCAUUCUAUAUGUUUUCUAAGGAUGCGUAUAUCCUCAUGUACCUAGGCCUAUUUUCCAUCUCAACCAGAUUUCUGGUCCAAAUAUGGAUGUAAGUCCAUUGUGCAGAUAAUAGACUUUAAUACUAGCGAAAUAAAUUGUUAUAGACUUG